AUGUCCUACCACUACCAAGACAACGACCGCGACUACUUCGAGGCCGCCUAUCUGCCUCAAUUGCCGCUGCCAACCCACGGCUACGAGUUCUACGCCAGCGACUUGCAAGUCGCGGCUCCAGUCGCCCAGGCGUCUUCCGUUGUCCCCGCGUCGCAGCAACUCGUCGCUCCUACCGUCGCUUUGCCCACCGGCGAAACCAAUGUGUGAGUUUUUUUGGACCUAACAGGGGAAGUAAAAAUGGACACAGCUUGAGAAUUUCAUUAAACCUUUCUGAGAUUCCUGAUUAGAACAAACGAAGAAUUUUUUGACUUCUGCUUUUGGACCGUGUUAUGGCGCUUUAAAGUAGGCAUUUCACUGCCUGAAGUUACUUGAAACUGUAGAAAUCAUGUCGACGGCCGAAUAUGGAUCGCUUAAAAAAAAAGUCCAUUUUAUUUUCUGAUCAAAGCGCUUAAGAAAAAAGCAUCAGGAAGUUUCGAGAAAUUGUCAAGCUCCUUUUUUUGGGCUUUUCUUCUUAAAAAAAAUGACAUAAAACAAAAAAUAAGUGUUUUUAGAACAUUUAGGCUGAAAAGUUCAAAAAAUUUCGCGCGAAAAAAUAUUUCUCAUUUGAUCCAAAACUUCUUCAGAAGAUCGUUGAAGCAGAUUGGAAUAUCGAUUAAAAAAUUUUUUUGAUAUGGUCAAAUAUCCGGUUCAUUGGAAGAUUAAAGAGAUCCAAGUAGAGAGACUUACAAAAAAACGGUUCAGGUUUAAAAGGAGAAAGGUGACUGAACUUGGAAUAUUCAUGGAGUUCUAUGAUCCGUAGUUUAGCAAUCACUUUUCGAAAAAAUCUCGAGGAAAAUUCUGAUUUUCAUCACUUUGAUCCAGAUGUUCCGAACAUCCUUCUUCUAAAACUCAGACAAAAAAAAACAUAGAGACAGACGUUGAAAAAAAUUUUUUUCGGUUAUUCAGAAAAAUUAUUACUUGGAUUAAGCCGAAACAAGUUUUAUAACUUUAGGUUCAAUUUUAAUAUUUUUUUGUGGGGAGGUUUGAAUUUUCAUUAAAGAGAAUUAUUUUUUUGAAACUCAAGAGGACUCGAAAAAUUCACGCACGAAAUUUAAAGUUUCUGAUAGAGGUAAAGUAAAUAUAAUCAAUUUUAUGAAUUCUUUUCGAGGUCAGAAUCUACGAUUAUAACUAAAUCGAGUAGAAAAUGAAAGAAGCAACCGUCUAGAGAAGCGACAGAAACGGCGAAUGGCUGCAUGUAGGCAAGUGUGUAUGGGUUCAUCCGAAGCCUAACCGACCGAAUUAUUGAGGGGUACAGCUUCAUUAUUUAAUAUAUACACAUAAAUGUUUCUCUUGUAAACCUUACAAUCGCCUUGGUUGGGUUUCCGCGCGGCGAAGUCGUAGAUUUUCCCCCGGCUUAUCGCCAAAUUGUUUGGUUUCUGUGUGCGAAAAAUGUCUAGUUUCAUUGAUUUUUUUUUUUAGAUUUUCAUUUUAUUCAAUUUGAAUAAAAUUCAUUCCUAAUCAGAACAAACUAGUUUCCGGAUUUAAAUUCAACUUCAAUUUUUUUUUUUACCUUGAUUGUUUUUAAACUUACUUUUCGAGUUUUUGAUAGAUAUUCUCCCAAGACUCAAGUAAUGCCAAAUUUUAUUUAUUAGCCGUUUUAAAACUUUUAAAAGCUUCAUCAAAAACUUCAAAGAAAAGCCCUUUACUGAGAAAUUCAAAGAAAAAAUGGAAGAAUAAUUGCAGAGUUCCAUAUGGCUGGCGGCCUGACUGGGCGACCUCGAACCAUUGGAUUUCCCACGUUGGUACCAAUCCUCUGCCCACAGUCAAUCUUCCUGACACCUUCAAGUGCGAUAUUUUCCUACAAUACUUUGAAAAUAUAUCAAAAGCCAUGAACUUCGCAAAAAGAUUAACUUCUUCAGCACUUAUGCGUCGAUUCCUGAGCCUCAAACCUCCCAAGAAGUGAUAGUGAAACGACCGACAAAGUCGGCGAUCCGCGAAUCGAGCAAACCUUUUCGGUGUCAGGUGAAUCAGAAUAACUUCAUCGAAUGUGAAAUAUUGAAAAUGUAUUUUAAUCGGUAGGAAAGGAAAUAAUUGACGAAAAUUGGAAUCAAAAUGAAAACAGCGAAAAAGUAUUACGAACAAUGGGUUUAUAAAGGUCUUUUUGAUGAAAAAUAAAAUAUUUUAUAGCGGCAUUUAAAAUUUUGAAAAAAUUUUGAUAAUGAAUAAUAGCAUGAUUAUAUUUCACUAGCUUACGUUUCAUUAUUUUCUUCAUUCAAUUCGUUGCGUAAUGGGAUUGUUGGGGGCGUGGCCAGCCAAUCAGAGUUUUUCUUUUUGGAGAACGCAAAUUUUGCCCUCAAAAGCCACGUGAAAACAGCGAAAAAAUGUAGAUAAUGAUGAAUUUUAUUUUUUCAAUUUUUUUCGCAGGGUUUAAAAUAUUUAAUUUGCGGACGAAAUUUACUAAGAUCUCGAGAAGAAGAGCUAUAACUUCUGCUCCUUCAACCUCCUUGAUAUGUCAUUUUUUUCAACAUUCUUUCCAGUUUCCUAUAGAAUCUUAAAAUUUUUUUAUUUUUUUUCUGAAAUUUCUACAAACGAACGUAUGUCCAUAUGUACGGUAUGAAUUCCAGAUUUGCUGCAAAUCUUUCUCACAAGCCGCUAAUUUGACCGCACACAAAAGGAUACAUACAGGUAUUUCACUUUUUAUUUUAUGAAUUAGAAAAAAAUCAUUUAGGCAAUAAAAGUUUCUUUUUUUCGAAUUCAAUAUUUAAUCCGCACAAUGUCUUCUCAAAAAUUGAUUUCGAUGAGGAUUUUUAGGAGAGAAGCCCUUCACAUGUUCCGUCUGCCAUCGCCCGUUCUCCCAAAGCUCCUCCCUCGUUACUCACAAACGGUUUUCCCUUUUUCUCAUUUUUUUUUUCACAGUUGCUUGAAAGUCGAAAAAACAAAUAAACUGAGUUUCCGAAAAAAAUUUGUUUUAAUGUGAUAUCAUUUGAAAAUUGAAAGAAAUGAAAAAAAUCGUCACGUAAAAUUUUUAGCUUACUAGAAAAGUGUCUGAGCUUGAAUAUAUGUGGUUCAGGUUUUGGUAGGUAGGGAGGGUAUUCGAGAAUGAAAAAAUUUUCUUUUUUUUUUCGUUUUUCUUAAUAUUAGACCUUUCGCAUUAGACUCCCCCUACUUUUAUUUAUUUUCGAGAGUCUUGUCUGCAACUACUUACUGCAAAAGUUUGGGUCAGAUCUGCGAUUGACACCUAACAAACUUACCUUGUGAAAGUUGACGAAGAUUCAGAACGCACACUGGUGAGCGGCCUUACCCCUGUGGACACUGCGAAAAAGCCUUCACGGACAGUUCCACGUUGACCAAACACCUUCGAACUCACACAGGUAUUUGAACAAUCACAAAAAACUAAUGAGAAAAAAGUUCAUUUUCAGGACAAAAACCGUACUCAUGUCCCCUGUGUAUGAUGAGGUUCACACAGAGCGGCAAUCUCCAUCGGCACAUGAAAACUCAUAAAGCAACAUGA